AUGCUGUCCAGAAGAGUCCUCUCGAAAGAGGAAGAAUCAGAGUCGACGGACGCCGAAGUCACAAAGGAAGACCAAGAAAAGAUCAACACCUUUUCCAGACUGCAUAAUCGGAGUAAAGCCCUGGAGGAGGAGUUAGGCUCGAAGCAGAAAGACAAAGAAGAUCUCGAAGAACUGUCCACGGAACUGGAACUCGCCGACGAAGACUCUUUAAUCCCGUACAAGAUUGGCGACUCAUUCAUGCACGUCCCGCUCCCCGAGGCGCAGGAACUGCUAGCCACCCAAACGACCGAGAUCGAAAGCGAGGUGUCGACGCUCGAGGAGGAGCUGGAGACGAUCAGAGAGCAGAUUCGCGGACUAAAAGCGCAUCUGUACGCGCGGUUCGGGAAGGGGAUUAACCUCGAAGCCUAA